GGAAAAUAAAAGAAUCAAGAAAUGCAGGAGACAAAAGGGUUAGAUUCACCACAGAGAUGGUCAGAAGUCUUGAGAAACCAGAAAACAACAGAGAGAAGUUCAACGUCCACCCCACUGAUGGAGCAACCAGCAUCAUGUCCCAGCAGGUCCUGUGUCCUGGCUUCCCGAACCCAGCCCGGAGCUGCUACAUGAACUCCAGCCUCCAGACUCUGCUGACACUCAAAGAGUUUGUGGAAGACGUCCGCUCCCAGGAGGACUUGUUUGGACAGUGUCAUGAGGCUGAGCUGAUGAAAUGUUUCAUGAACAUUGUUAGAUGUCACAACUCAGACAAUGCCCUUCUAAAGCUUCACAUCCUCAAUAAGUUUAAGGGGGUCAUUUCUGCGAAGGCGCCAGAAUUUGAGGAUGCUGGAAACAAAGAUGCCCAUGAGUUCCUGACAGCCGUCCUAGACCAGAUGGACAGCCUGGCUUUACCUCUGCAUCAGACGGCAGCCAUUGUGGGGGGAAACUACACCUGCCCCAUAGCAAGAAACUUUGCAUUCGAAAUGCAGAACACCAGGACAUGUAAAAGAUGUGGUGACCAGUCCAUCACACAGGAGAACUUCACCAGUCUCUCUCUGGACCUGAUUUCUGAACUUUCAGUGCAGCAGCUGCUCCAGAUGUACCAAAUGGAGACACAGCUGGAGUACAUGUGCGACUGUGGUGGAACGACAUCAGGACGAGAGACCACAUUUCUGACCCUCCCAAAAUACCUCAUAUUACAUCUGAAGAGGUUUAAGUUCACUGAGGACCUGCAGAUGAUGAAGCUGCAUGACCCCAUCAUCCUCCUCAAGGAGCUGAUGAUGACCUCCCACCAGGAUGAAGGUUGGUACAGCCUGGUUAGUGUCAUCAGCCAUCUGGGAUCAUCAUACGAUGAUGGACACUACGUGAGUGACGGGUUGCACCCGUACGAGGACCAGGACAACAACGCUGAGCGUUGGCUCCACUACGACGACGUAAACGUCUACUAUAACACCGGAGAUAAUGCCAGAGAGGCGUGUAAGAACACGUCAUACGUCCUUUUCUACCAGAGAAGGGUGUAGAUGAAGAUCUGAGACGAUCCAGCUCAGGUAAGUAUGGAGGCAGAUUCAUCUGUUGUUGUUCUGUGGUUUUUCUUGCAGCAGCCCUCAGGAGGAGGGGUUUACCCCAGAGAGCCUGGUUCCUCCCGAGGUUUCUUCCUAAUGGGGAGUUUUUCCUCGCCACUGUCGCCCAAAUUCAAACUCAUCUAUUUAUUCUAUUAGAAUUUAGAAUUUAUCAAAUCAUGAAGAUGAGUUAAUCUGACCGGCUUGCUCUCUGGAGGUUUAAAACUAAAAAUAGGAAGAACAAUAGAAAAACCAAAAACGGCCUCUAUAAAUGGAUACG